AAAAAAACUCCACCACCUCCUUCACACCAUCACCUCAUCCUCCACCUAUAACUCAUGCCCCCCGUCUGAUCCAACUGCAACUCCUCCUCUCCGUUUCCACCUCCUUCUCCUCUUCUAUCUUUCUCUCUCUCUAUAUUUUUUUCCUCGUCUAUCUACUUGCUCUUGGCUAUUUGCUUGUUUUUGCUCUUCUGGUUUCGUUUUUAAUGGCUGUGGAAGCGUCGCUUCCCCUGUCUUGCAACGGGGUUGUGGAGUGGAUGGAAGGAGGAUUGUUGCCUUCUGAGUUCUGUCAGCCUUACCAGCAGCAACAGCAGCAGCAGAUGAUGAUGGGUUGGAUUCCUUCUCAUCCCCCAUCGAUGACGGUUGCUUUGCCUUCCUAUUCCCUUGCCAAUCGCCAUCUUUCCAUGGAUGAAUCCUUGACCAACCUGUUGGAGAAACAGAGGGACGAGAUCGAUCAGUACCUUCUCCUCCAGCAGAGCAACCGGCUGAGAGCGGCGCUCCAUCUUCAGAGGAAGCAGCACACGGCCUCGCUUCUCCGGCGCCUCGAGUCAAAGACCUCCUUCCUUCUAAUCCAGAAAGAAAGCGAAUUGGCUAGAGCGCGGAAGCGAACAGUGGAACUAGAAGCAUGUUUAAAGAGAGCAGAGGAGGAGAGGGAAACGUGGCAGAGGAUCGCUAAAGAGAAGGAGGCCAUCGCCGUGGGUCUGAACCACGCUCUGGAGCAAGUCUGCCAGCCCUGCUUCUCCUCCACCGGCGGCUCCUCGCCGGAGGUGGAGGCCGCCACCGCCUCUUGCUCUGGCCAUCCAUUGGCGAUGGAGGAACCGAGGGCGGUGAUGGGGAUGGGGCUGUGCAAGGCCUGCGGGUCUCGAGAAUCGCGCGUGCUGCUGCUUCCCUGCAGGCACCUCUCCGCGUGCGACCGCUGCGAGGCUUUCCUCGAUGCCUGCCCCCUCUGUGGUUCCAUAAAGGCAGGCAGCGUUGAGGUCUUCUUAGACUGAGGAAAGACGUAGAAACAGAGAAGAACAGAAGGAUAGAGAGAGAGAGAGAGAGAGAGACAGGGUGGAAGAAGAAAACGACAGGAGUUUAGAUUAAACGAUGACGCCAUUUUGAUGACAUUAAUUUCUUGCUUUCUGUUACUGGUUUCUUCCUUUUGGGGGACUCCACUCUUUGCAUGAAUUAGGAUUGAAGGAAAGACGAGUGAAUCAACCUCAGUUUCUUUCCAUGUUAAUUCUGAAUCCUUAUUCAAUUC